UCACUAGCCACUGCGACCAAGUCGUCUCCUCAGAUUCCUUUCCGUUUCUUCGACGGCGGCGCCUCUUCCCCAAAAUUUCGUCUCCCCCCUCCAGAUUUAGAUUUAGCCAGACGGACAAGCGCACCGGCACGCCAGGGAGAGAUGAUGAAGCCCGGCUCCCGCAAGCGCCGCGCCUCGCCGCCUGCGCCGUCGGCCCCCGUCACGCUGCCGCCGCCGGGCUUCGUGGCGGACAGGGAGGAGGCGGCGGCCCGCGUGGAGCGACUUCUCCAGUACCAGUUCAACAACCGCUCCCUGCUCGAGGAGGCGCUCACCCACCAGUCCUUUGCCGCCGCCUCGUACCAGAAGCUCGAGUUCGUCGGGGACGCGGCGCUCGGCCUCGCCUUCUCCAACUUCCUCUACCUCACCAACCCCACCGUCGGCCCCGGCGCGCUCUCCACGCUCCGGGCCGCCAACAUCUCCACCGAGAAGCUGGCCCGCGUCGCCGUGCGCCACGACCUCUACCCGCUGCUCCGACGCAACUGCCCUCGCCUCGAUCUCUUGGUAGGACAGUUUAUCCAGUCAGUGAAACAAGAAUUAGAGGAUGACCUUGGCACUACGCCCUAUGGUGGCACUAUAUUUAAGGCUCCCAAGGUGCUUGCUGAUAUAGUUGAGGCCAUUGCCGCUGCUGUCUAUGUGGAUUGCAACUUUAAUCUUGAGAAGCUCUGGAAGGUAACAAGGUUCCUCUUUGAACCCAUUGUCACGGCUGAAACAAUAGAUGAGCAACCUGUGUCUACGUUGCAUGAACUGUGCCAGAAACAUGGGAAAGAAGUAAAAUUCAAGACUUGGCAGAAGGGUGGAACAGUGGUUGUAAAUGUAUUUGUUGGUGGGGCACUUGUUGGGAUGGGCUCCUCAGAGCAGAUGGUAAUCGCUAAGCUCAAUGCCACCCGGGAUGCACUAAGCAAGCUUCUUGGUGGAGGCAAUCAGCAAGUGUUGACAACCGGGGUUGGCCAGGGGGUUGAGGUUGGAGAGUUUAGGGAAUGCAAGCAGAAGCUUAUUGAGCAGUGCAGCAGGAAGCAUUGGCCAAAACCCAUCUUUAAGUAAGAUUCUUGACUACUCUGUCAGUUUUUAGUUUUAUAUAUCCUGUUCAUUAGUUGAAUUUUUCCUGCAAUGCUCCUCAGAUGAGGCAUCUCUUUCCCACACCUACACUACAAUUGUUUGUUGAUCAUAUAUUUUGUUCUGGGCAUCUUUAGAACUGUUUCACUGCUGCACAUUUUAUUUUGUUUCUUCAUUGUAAUUUCACCCUUGUUCCCAUUUAUCUUAGGGUAGUAACUUUUGGUCAUUUCUGUUAAACAACCUUACUAGGUGAAAGUACUUUGACCUCGGUAGGUCUGGAACAGACUUGUCCAGACCAUCACUCAGAUGCAGUAUGGAAACCAUUAGUUUGGUUUGAUUGCCAAACACUACAGCAUGAACACGUGGGAAAGAGAUACCUGAUCUGAGUGAUUGUCUGGACAAGUCUGGUCCAGAACUACUAUUUCUGUUACACAACCUUACUAGGUAAAUAGUACUUUGACCUCCGUAGGUCACUAGGUCUGGAACAUACUUGUCCAGACCAUCUCAGAUGCAGUAUGGAAACCACUAGUCUGGUUGGAUUGC